AAGCAUGGUUUUCUUUGCUGAGAAAAGGAUUUCAACCGCAACGCUAAGAAUUUAAAUAAAUAGUCUGUAUGGAGGUAAAUAUUUUAGCUAUUUAUUUUCAGUGACACUCCAACUACUAACUCACCUGUGAGGCAAUCGACAGUUUCACUUAAAUGUCAGGACCUUAAAAAAUCACUUAAGAUGCCAUUCUUUGGAAACACGUUCAGUCCGAAGAAGACUCCACCUCGCAAAUCUGCAUCUCUGUCCAGUCUGCACACGUUGGAUCGUUCGACAAGAGAAGUAGAGCUGGGCCUUGAGUUUGGACCUCCUGUCAUGAACAUUGGAGGUCAGAUCUGGAAAUUUGAAGAUGGACAGUGGAUAACUGAAUCUGGUGGGAAUGCAUCUGGCAGGGAGUUGCAGCGGCUUAAGAAAAGAAAUGUACAGCUGGAGGAAGAGAACAACCUCCUGAAACUAAAGAUUGAAAUUCUCAUGGACAUGUUGACAGAGACUACUGUGGAGUACCACCUGAUGGAGAAGGAAGUGGAAGAUGUAAAGACUCAACAUCGAAGGAAGAAAUGACGCAUCUGAUCUGAUCCCUUCAUCAUAGGACAUGUUCUUCAUCCAUAGAUAAUUUGUUCCUUUUAUUUUUGUUAUUCUUUUUGCUAAAGCGACAAGCUUUUCAGAAUAUUGUAGGAUUUAUUUGAAAAGCAGGUACAGCUGAAUCAGAUUUAGUGACAUUGUCAUUUAUUCUGUCCUGCAUUUGUUUGAUCACCACAAAUCUGAAACAACUGUGAAUAUCUUUGUUCAAUACACAGCAUAUUUUCUACAUCUUUUUUAUUCGUAUGGCAAGCAUAAACUCACAUUUUCUGUGUUAAAUUCUUUGUAUUUACUCUCUUUUCUAUUCAGAUUAAAAAGUGAAAACAUCGCAGAGAAACACUUUUUUAUUCACAGUUUUUUUAUUUUAUUUUUUAUUUAUUUCUUUAUUUUUUAAUUUUUUUUAACAUGGAUAAACAAAAAAAAAAAGAAUAAGAAAAACAAUGAAACAAUGAAACAACAAGACUUAACACUUAUUUAUGUUCAAAAGGAGUGGGAAGAAGGCAAAGUUUUCAUUACGCUAAUCAUUUAUCAGAUAAAUAAGUUGUAACCACUGACAUAUUCACCAGAGGACAGAGAAAGACAGACUUGAAAGAUAAACUACACAAAUAUAAAUCGACGUUUUUAUCAUAAAACCAAAUAGCAUUGUUAUGAGAUCAUAAUCAUGUAAUUUGUGUUCUUAGUAUUAAUUUUAUACCAACUAUCACAGAAAGGAUUUUUACUUUUGUCCUCUGUAAUAAUCACUAAUAAUUCAUAUCGCACACCCCAGUAACAUUACCUAUACAAUAACUAAAUGGACUUUUUCUAUCCUUUUUGAAAUGUAAUUUGGAAUGUCAGUGUUUUCAAGAAUGUACCUCACAGAAAUGAGAAUUUUAGUAGAACUAUGCAUAAUGAUAGAUUUGUUAAUAAAUUGAGGGAUUUAAGAAAGACUGAAGAAAAGAUGGAAACUCUGGAAGAUAUUUAUCAAUUUCCUGUUUGUGAAUUAAGACAUUAAGAAUAUUGAAUAAUUAAAUUAAUCACACAUUCAUGCGCCAUUCCUGUCCAUGAGAGGUAUGGCCUUUUAUGAAUUGAUUAUAUUCUCUUGAGCUAAUUUGGUGGAUGGAUGUACAUGUCAGUGAGGUGCUCAGUCGGACAUGCACAGGGCAGCAAUAGAUGAAUGGUUCUAACUGCGCAAGCGCAAGCUUCCCUGAUUGAAUGCGGCGUUUCGGCGUUCGUACUGCCGAUAGCGGGAGAGACGAAGUAGUUUCUAGCCUUUUUCUGGCACUUUAAAGCCCCAGCUUUGCUUGUGUACCUGUCGGGUUAUCCAGCCAUACAGCAGAGGACCUAAUCUGUACAAACUUAACUUAACAUAAUGCCUCGGGGCGG